AUGUGCCACUUUCAGGUCUCCUCACACUGCUGGUGUGUUGAAUUUUUUGACAUAGGGUGCUGGCAGAUUACGGGCCUCCCAUAGCUGCUGCCAGGCCCCUAAUCUGCCAUGGGCCCCUAUACCGCCUCCUCAUGCUGCUGCCAGGUCCACAGUCUCUCAUGGGUCCCUGUACGGCCUCCCAUUGCUGCUGUCUCCAUCGCCACACUCUGCCAUGUGCCACUUUCAGGUCUCCUCACACUCCUGCUGGUUUCCAUUUUGCCAUAGGUUGCUGUAUGGCCUCCCAUUGCUGCUGCCUCCACCGCCACACUGUGGCUCCAAACACUGGUUUUGGCCCCGUGACUGGCCAAAUGAGUGAAGUGUGCGGUGAUUCUAAGAUCGACGGCACUCAUCUGCAUGUCAUACUG